AUGGAAUAUAUUGGUUUAAACUCCCUUCAUUAUCAUUUGAAAGUGCUAAAUCAUGCGAAUUAUAAAAAAAAUAUAAAAAUAUUAGAAGGAGAAGCUAAGAGAAUUUAUAAAUAAAUUAUUUAAGCAUUGGAUUAUUUACAUUAAAAUAAAAUAGCACAUCGUGAUAUUAAACUUGAUAAUAUUCUUCUCGAUAAAAAUAACAAUGUUAAAUUAAUAGAUUUUGGAUUUUCUGUAAUAACAAAACCUUAUGAAAAAUUAAAUUAAUAUUGUGGAUCUUUAAAUUAUAUGUCAUCUGAAAUAUUAGAAAAAAAAUAAUAUUUAGGAUUUGCUGUAGAUGUAUGGGCUUCUGGAGUUUUAUUAUACGUAAUUUUAUGUGGAACAUUCCCUUUUAAAGGAGAAAAUGAAAACGAAGUAUUAAAAUCUAUAUAAUAGGGAUUACAUGAUUUUCCUUAUGAUCUUAGUUAAGGCGUUAAAAAUUUAUUUUAAUAAAUCUUUAAUUAAAAUUAAUAAAAUAGAAUUACUACUUCAUAAGUAUUAUUAUUAAUAAUAAUUUAAUUUUAUAAUAAUUUAUUUUUAUGA